GGUCUAUAAGAACACCGCAAAUCAUUGCGUACCUGAAACUUUAGUGAGUCGUUGCUCGUUGGCCAUCGUCCCUUUUUUUUUUGCUGCGAUGGAUACUGAUGUUGAAUCCUGUUUAAAAGACUGGAACGACCUAGCACAAGAGUACAAGGAAUUAGAAGUAAGAUAAUUUUUUGUUAAUCCUGGGUACUGAUGUUGUCGGUGGUUUAAACGUUGGACCAUUUUCUAUGAGGCAUUGAACAAAGAAUAUCUUGCAAAAUUAGAGGAAGUAAGUGAACUUCAAGCAAAAUGUUUGAAAGGAAUUUCUCACCAAAAAUACCGGAUGAGUAUAAUAUCAAAAUCAUUGAAACAAUUACAUGCGAGCGAAGCACAAAAAAGUUUAAGCAAAGAGAUGGCUAAAAGAAAACAGCAGUUACAUGAAAUAGAACAAACAUUACCAAAACCAAAUGGCACAUAUCUUCAAAUUAUUUUAGGCAAUGUUAAUGUUUCCAUUUUAAACAAAAAUGAUAAGUUCAAAUAUAAAGAUGAAUAUGAAAAAUUUAAAUUAGUCCUUUCUGUAAUCGGUUUUAUUUUAUCUAUGUUAAAUCUGGUAACUAAUGUCAGAACUUUGGAACUUAGUUUUAUGUUCCUUUUAGUCUGGUAUUAUUGUACAUUGACAAUAAGGGAAAGUAUAUUAAAAGUAAAUGGUUCAAGAAUAAAAGGUUGGUGGAGAUUUCACCAUUUCUUUUCGACUGUAGUAUCUGGUCUGUUAUUAGUAUGGCCUAACACAGGGCCAUGGUAUUCAUUUAGACAACAAUUUAUGUGGUUCAAUGUUUACAUCAGUGUAGUACAGUCUCUGCAAUUUUGUUAUCAGCGGGGUGUUUUGUAUCGGUUGAAAGCAUUAGGUGAAAGGCAUAAUAUGGAUAUUACUAUCGAAGGUUUCCAUUCAUGGAUGUGGCGUGGAUUAUCGUUUUUAUUGCCAUUCCUUUUUGUUGGAUAUGUAUUUCAGUUAUACAAUGCAUAUGUUUUAUACACAUUAGUAUCCCAUCCAGAAGCUACAUGGCAUGUUCCAGUCCUUAGUGGUAUGUUCUUGGUAUUGUUCCUAGGUAAUACAAUAACAACUACCAUGGUAAUUCGUCAAAAACUAAGAGAACGCGUUAAAUAUCACUUUGCUGGAGUGUUUUUUUCCAAAACUGAACGAAAAAAGGAAGUAAAUGGGGAAAAGGAAGUGAAAGCUCAGAAAUGCGAGUGAAAUAAAAUUAACGAGAGUUUUUUAAUGAGACGAGUAUGAUAAAAAGAUUAAUGAAAUAUGGAAUGAAUAUUAAUGAAUAAGAAAAAUACAAAUGUCAGGCAGAACUAUAAUGAAGAAAUGCAAAUAAAAUAAAUAUAUCGAUUAACUCUGACUAAAGAAUACCAACCAAAAGUAAACAAAACACUGGAAAAUUCUUCCAUGGAUUGUCGUCUUUCUAUCACUCUCAUUAACACAAGACCCAUUUAAUAUAUAUGUACUAACUUGUAAUGUAGAAAUGAA